GCCGGCGCGCCGCCGUGUGAGGUAUUCGUAUAGCUCAUUAGUUAGAAGCCUUGUAGCUUCUCGUGUUUGUAGCUCUACGUAAUUCCUUUGCACUGAUCUUGAGAAGAAAUAUUGAGUGAAUCAGUGAAGUGAAUUUCCGCCUUGAGUUUGUGACGAACUUUCAUUUAAAAAACAUCUUUUUAGUGUCCCAAAUCACGUGGCUUGUUUGUGAGCAACUCUAGGACGUUCGUCAAAUAAAAGUUUGACGAAUCCACCAGGGCCGCAUUUUUUCAGCGACAUUUCGGAGAGAAAGACGCGUUUUCUUCGCCAAUUCCUACAGGAUUUUCUUCGCUUACUACUGACAAGAGCCAUACAUCCAUGAUGGCGUUCGCGGGACUCAAGAAACAGAUCAACAAGGCUAAUCAGUUCAUGAACGAGAAGAUUGGUGGGGUCGAAGGAACUAAACUGGACGAUGACUUCGUCGAGAUGGAAAGGCAAACGGACGUGAUGUGCGAGCUGGUGGAGGACAUUCAGCUCAAGACGAAGGAAUUCCUGCAUCCGAACCCCGCGUCCCGGGCCAAGAUGUCGGCGGUGAAGGGCAUCAGCAAGCUGUCUGGGCAGGCCAAGGCGCAGACCUACCCUCAGCCUGAGGGCGUCUUGGGCGAGUCCAUGAUCACCUUCGGCAAGAAGCUCGGCGAUGACAGCCUUUACGGCGACGCGCUGGUGGAGACAGGCGAGUGCAUGCGGCAGGUGGCUGACAUCAAGUACAGCUUGGACGACAACAUGAAAAUGAAUUUCUUGGAGCCUCUCCAUAACCUCAACACCAAAGACAUCAAGGAGGUCAUGCACCACCGGAAGAAGCUGCAGGGGCGCAGGCUAGACUACGACUGCAAGAAGCGGAGAAAGGAAAAGGGAGUAGCGAGUCCGUACGGCACCCCAGGCAGCAGUCCUGGUCGUUCACCCAACCGAGCUGCGGCAGGAUCUACCGUUACAGACGAUGAAAUCAAGCUCGCCGAAGACAAGUUUGCGGAGUCUCUUCAUCUCGCACAGAUGGGCAUGCAUAACCUACUCGACAACGACGUUGAAGCGAUCGCGCAGCUGGCCAUGUUUGCCGAGAACCUCGUGGACUACCACAGACAGUGCACCGAGAUCUUCGAGGGGCUCGUCAACACCCUCAAUGACAAGAAGAACGAUGCGGUCAACAGGCCAAAGAAGGAGUUCGUACCGAAGACGUUGUCUGACCUCGGCGUGCUGGACUCGCCCCACGACGGCAUGCUCUCCACCUCUAACGCCAACACCAUCUCUGGAGUCACCCCCCAGCGCUCGCCGUUCACAUCUCCUGCUCGGUCCCCAGCCAACACUCCGUCUGCACAAACUCCUCAGCAAGCGUCACCAUUGCCGUCUCCCAUGAAGAGUCCUGCUAAGUCGCCCAUGCUGAACCAGCCUUGUUGUACGGCUCUCUAUGACUUCGAACCCGAAAACCCCGGCGAGCUGGCUUUCAACGAAGGUGAUACUAUCAACCUUAACCAACGCAUCGACGAUAACUGGUUUGAAGGAACGAUAAACGGAAAAACUGGCCUCUUCCCCGUAAGCUACGUGCAAGUUGUCAACCCUCUGCCGUAAACAUCCUCACGAGCCUUCGUCUUGGCUCGAUUGCUGGACGAUACGAAUGUCUACAGUGCCACUGCCUCAUAUUUUCAUUUCAUUUCGUUCAUAUUUACAUUUAAUUGUGUUUACACAUUUAUUCUUCAGUUCACCAAGAAGAUGCGGCAUAAAUUACAACUCCAGCCGCAUUCUCUCUCGGCUGGCUAGCUCCGCAUGACACGUUGACGCUGAUCGUCUCAUUUGUGAUGCGUAGUGUCUGUGUCUGUCAUGUUUGUCAAUGUGCAGCUAAAACUUGUCGAGCUUGCAUGCCAUCAACUAAGAGUAAAACUCGUCAAGCUUGCAUGCCAUCAACUAGAAGUAAAACUCGUCAAGCUUGCAUGCCAUCAUUUCGUUCGAUCCGUAGAGCAGACAUUAACAGCGCGCUGCUUCUUGGACUACGAAUUUACCGUCGGAUUUCGCUCUGAAAUAAUUGUAUUCUAAAUAUCUUCAUUACGUCCCCAAGUUUCGUUCGUUCUGUCUAUUUUUGAAGUGAAGGAGAAGAAAUGGUGAAAGGUGGUGGACUUCUGUGAUGUGUAUUUUGGUUACCUUUCUUGUACGGUAGACUGAAAAUUUGCGAUGUUCUUCGAAUUAUCAUUGGCAGUAUAAGAACUUGAAGUAGCUAUUCUGUUUAGAGAAAUGAGAAUUUACUGUAGGUUAGAUACAAAUAGCAUUCAAGUGGAGAAACAAUAUUGCUUAAAUUUCUAUUUCCAUCCCAACUGGCUUAAAAAUGUUAUUGAUUACCCAACCUGGUUUCGAUUGUUGAUCUUGUAUAAUGUUGGUGAUUAUGGAACGUUACUUGACUCAUGAAUCCUAUUCCCUUAUAAAUUAAUUGUACGAGGUCAAUCACGCAUUAUAUCUUCCCCCAUUAAGUUGCUCAGUCCCCAACAGACUGUGGAAUUUAUACAGGACCUGAACCCAAGACCUUCUUCUUUGCAAUAAAUUCCGUAGCCAUUGUUAAACUGUGCACCGAUUGUUUAAGUCCGAUGCAUGCCAUUUCUUAGUGAUUGCGUUGCUGAUUGUGUUGCCACUAUUAUCAAUUUAUCGUGAUACGUAUUUCUAAGUUAUUAAUUAAGUAAUAAGAUGCGCAAAAGCGUGCACAUGAUUCCCUCUUGUAUAGUUCUACAAAUGUAGAAAUGUUAUGCGUUGACCUGCGUUAAUAGUUUCGUUGAUAGCUGCCGAGAUAAUAGUGUGUGGAAUGCGGCUUGCUUCUUGCAGUAGUAAAUUUUUUUCAGCGUGACCAUAGAUUUCAGCAUGAGUGUGUUCGUCGUGUGGUAAUAAAUAUUCCAAGCUUGAUCCGCCUCUACGCAAUGUCAUAUGGACUUCCAGUCGAGAAUAUUGCAAGCAUUUAAAUCAAUUUCAAUUGCUCUACAUUGAGCACGAUUGAUACAUUGAUUACAUGACAUCGAUUGCUUUUGAAAAUUAUUUUCGGUAAAAGUAAAUGUUUAGUUUUCUAUUCGGAUGCACAGGGAGCCAUCUCUUCGCUAUUAAUAUUGAUAGCAUUUAUUGGUAAAAAAAUGAAAUUCUUUCACAGGUUUCCAAAGAUUCCAAAUCGCCCCCUUCAACUAUCAUGGCAUGACCUUACAAUUCUGAUUCGAUUUUAUGAAUCUUGUAAGUUCAAAAUUAUUCCAUUACCUGUGAUCUAUUGACUAGGUGUGCACUUCCACAUUUUUGAAUUCCUAAAAGAAUUGUCAGCCUAUUUUAUGAUCUUGGUGAUUUUGGUUGGGUCACUAUUAGGAUUUCUAUGAGAAAGCAUGUGGCGUCAAGUCCCUUCUCGAUUAUCAUUCGUUGUACGUUGGUGACAGUGCGAAGAUGAGGUUGAGGUGUCCACUCCUCCACUAAUUUAUUGUAUUUAUAGAAUUAGUACAUCCACCAAAUGAAAAUUAUAGGUGUAACAUCGAUGGUUACAGAAGCCAAUUGGUCAUCGGUUCCGCCAUUUGCAUUAGUCGACAUUCGUCAGUGACGCACAGAUGUUCAUUAGGCUCCAUCGGUGCUACACUCAUAGUUCUUAUAUGGGACGUAGCUUAAGAAGGAUUUCUGGAUUUGCUUGGCUUUGAAAAUUUUCAAUUAAAAAGUGAGUUUCAAAUUCUGAAUAUUUUUCAAAUUUCACCUGACUUAGAGAUCUUUUCAUAUUUUUGUUAAUCGUUAAUUGCAUUCUAGGAAAGUCGUAGCAUAAUUUUUCCAAAGAAAUUCAUUUAAAAAUUGUAACAGUUCAUCAUGUUAACUUUUCCCCUUACAGUUCACUCCUUUUUUAAAUUAAGUUCUGCCACAAAACUGUUAUGCCAAUUAACUCGAACGAGACCGUGGCUCUCUUUUUCUUCUUUAAUAUUUUUUCUGCCUAAACAAAGAUUAGCUGAUAAAGUUUUAGAAUUGUUUAGUAGCAAAUGAUGAUGCAUAAUGAUGAUAAUAUAUGACGAACACCUAGUUUAUCCGUCAUAUAUACUGAUGCUCAGAGUAUCGGUAAUUCUUAGCUCCGUGCAAUCCCAUCAACUCGGUCGCCCUAUUUUACCCUCCCUAAAUUAUUCACGAUUGGCCUUGUAUUGGAAACGAAUCGUUCUUGGUACAAAUUGUGCAUUGAAUUUCCGUGAUUUUGCUAUCAUGGAACAAAUAUAAUUUUGUAAUGACUAGGUUAUAUCGGCCAUGGCCUCGCUAUGCUUCAGCAAUUACAAAGUUUUUUGGGAAGUACCGGCAUUCUAACGCAUUGCUCGCAUGCUCUCACUCCUACUUGGGUGCAAAGUCUAAAUUUAUGAACUUUACAAAAUUUGAUAUCAAACACUAUUCUCUAAUCUAUUUUUUAUUUCAUUAAUUGACACGUAUGGUUUUUAAGUCGUUAUUUGCGAAUCGGUAGUUUCCGUUGUAAUUCAGACGUCGUCGUAGUGAAGCUGUAAGAACAACCUAUACACUAUAGGUCAUGAUCGCUUAUCAUUCACAAUUAAUCACGUUAAUAUUUAAAUUGUGAAACCUGUAUGAAUUUGCUUCCGCUGUGAAUCUAUAUAUUUUCGAGUUAUGUAUAAGUAUGCGAUAUUCUGCUAAUCACUCUCAUACUGAAGGAUUUUAAGGAUGUAAAACGAGUCGUUACUUUGAAGGCGAGGAGUAGUGAGCAGUGCGUAAAUAUGCCCGUCCGUUUGCCCACUCUACCAGGACUUCCAGAUCUUUAUACGUUGUUGGUUGCGUGCUUGCGAGUAUGUGUGUCGUUAUUUCAUCCCUGUUAAAAUAACUAUAUUAUCGAUACUCAGAAGACCGUGUAACUGCAUAAAGGAAAACGUCGUCCGCUCGCCCUGUUUAUGGAGCGCGAUUGAUUGCAGCGUAAAGUGUAAAUAAACUUUCUCACGGUCGGCUGUACAUUUCCUGUAGGUGUAAGCUCUUGUUGUACGUUGUAUCACCUACUCCCUCCUUCUCCGUUAUCUGUAUAAGAUGUCACCUGUGCUGUUACAUUUGGUGUUUUCUCCACGUCGACGCACUUCCAGUCCUCAAUCUUAUGUACGUACUUAUUUUCUUUAAUCUACUCAUUUUAUGUACUCUACUUAUUUCCUUUACUCUACUCAUUUUAUGUAC